GGACCCAGAAGAUGCACCCCAGAAUCCCCUUGCCCCCACUGCUGCCGCCGCUGCUGCUGCUGCUGGCUGCAGGCCCCGGAGUGCAGAGCUGCCCGACUGGCUGCCAGUGCAACCAGCCGCAGACGGUCUUUUGUGCCGCCCGCCAGGGAACCACGGUGCCCCGGGACGUGCCACCUGACACCGCGAGCCUGUAUGUCUUCGAGAAUGGCAUCACCACACUCAACGCAGGCAGCUUUACCGACCUGCUGGGGCUGCAGCUCCUGGACCUGUCACAGAACCAGAUCGCCAGCCUGCCAGGUGGGGUCUUCCAGCCACUCGCCAACCUCAGCAACCUGGACCUGACUGCCAACAGGCUGCGCGAGAUCACCAACGAGACCUUCCGUGGCCUGCGGCGCCUAGAGCGCCUCUACCUGGGCAAGAACCGCAUCCGCCACAUCCAGCCCGGGGCCUUUGACACACUCGACAGCCUCCUGGAGCUCAAGCUGCAGGACAAUGAGCUGCGGGCCCUGCCCCCACUGCACCUGCCAAGCCUGCUGCUGCUCGACCUCAGCCACAACAGCCUCCCAGCCCUGGAGCCUGGCACCCUGAACACUGCCAAUGUGGAGGCACUAAGGCUGGCCGGCCUGGGGCUGCGGCGGCUGGACGAGGGGCUCUUUGGCCGCUUACAAAACCUCCAUGACCUGGACGUGUCCGACAACCAGCUGGAGCGAGUCCCGCCAGCCAUCCGGGGCCUGCGGGGCUUGACACGCCUGCGGCUGGCCGGCAACACCCGCAUUGCCCAGCUGCGGCCCGAGAGCCUGGCUGGCCUGGUGGCCCUGCAAGAGCUGGACCUGAGCAACCUGAGCCUGCAGGCGCUCCCACACGAGCUCUCUAGCCUCUUCCCCCGCCUGCGGCUCCUGGCGGCCGCCCGCAAUCCCUUCAACUGCGUGUGUCCCCUGAGCUGGUUUGGCCCUUGGGUGCGGGAGAGCCGCGUGGCACUGGCUAGCCCAGAGGAGACGCGCUGCCACUUCCCACCCAAGAAUGCUGGCCGGCUGCUCCUAGACCUUGAAUACGCUGACUUUGGCUGCCCAGCCACCACCACUACGGCCACAGCACCCACCACAAAGCCCGUGGUGUGGGGCCCAACUCUCUCACCUUCCAGUCCAGUUCCCACCGGGCUCAGACCCACGGAGCCUGCCACAGAGGCCCCCAGCUUGCCCCCUGCCGCCCUGCCCACUCUGGGAGCUCCUCCGCGGACCCAGGACUGCCCAACGUCCAUCUGCCUCAAUGGGGGCACCUGUCACCUGGGGGUGCACGGCCACCUGGAGUGCCUGUGCCCUGAGCUCUUCACGGGCCUCUACUGCGAGAACCGGGUGAGGCAGGGGCCCCAGCCCAGCCCUGCCCCAGCCACACCGGAGCCACCGCAGCCCCUGCCCCUUGGCAUCGAGCCAGCAAGUCCCACCUCCCUGCGCGUGGGGCUGAAGCGCUACCUGCAGGGCAGCACUGCGCAGCUCAGGAGCCUCCGCCUCACUUACCGUAACCUGUCGGGCCCCGACAAGCGUCCGGUGACACUGAGCCUGCCUGCUUCACUUGCUGAGUACACAGUAACCCAGCUGCAGCCCAACGCCACCUACUCCAUCUGCGUCAGGCUUCUGGGGGCCGGGCGGGUGCCUGAGGGUGAAGAGGCCUGUGGGGAGGCCCGCACACCCCCAGCCAUCCGCUCCAACCAUGCCCCUGUCACCCAGGCCCGGGAGGGCAACCUGCCACUCCUCAUCGCGCCCGCCCUGGCCGCCGUGCUCCUGGCCGCACUGGCUGCCGUGGGGGCAGCCUACUGUGUGCGGCGGGGGCGGGCCGCAGCGGCCGCAGCUCACAGCAAAGGACAGGUGGGGCCAGGGACUGGGCCCCUGGAGCUGGAGGGGGUGAAGGCCCCCUUAGAGCCAGGCCCCAAGGCGACUGAGGGUGGUGGGGAGGCUCCACCCAGUGGGCCGGAGUGUGAGGUGCCUCUCAUGGGCUACUCGGGGGCCAGCCCCCAGGGGGCCCUCCCCACUAAGCCCUACAUCUAAGCCUGAAGGCGACAGGCUGCCAGGCCAGGCUCUCAGCCCUGCUGGGACCCGCCAGCACCCUCCUGCUGCCAGACCAAGGAAGUUCUCAGAUCCCUACAAGGAGGACACAUCAGGGUGAGGGCUGUGUGACCACGGCAAGAUCCCGCCCCUCAGUCUCCUCAUCUGUGAGAUCCUGGGACGCAGGGGACCACCUCUAAGGUGCCCUACGCCUGAGUGCCUACAAGGAUGCUGUCAGCCCUGUCCUCCACAACGUGCACCUUCCCUGGGGUAGGGUGGGACGGGCCCUGCCGUGUGCUGGUAACACAGACCCAGGGCUGCCAGGUCCCUUCCCAGGAGACCCUGGGGGCAGUGAAGGAAGCCCCCAGAAAGACAGCAGAGGGAGAGAAAGGUUGGGGAUGGGGCAUGUGGCCCAGCCUCAGCCCCAAGGAGCAAAGGAACAAAAAAAAAAAAAACUGGAAAGACAGACGCUUUAGGAACAUGUUUUGCUUUGGUUUUUAAAAAUAUAUUUAUAAGAGAUUCUUUCCCAUUUAUUCUGGGAAAAUGUUUUUCAAACUCAGAGACAAGGACUUUGGUUUUUCUAAGACAAACAAUGAUAUGAAGGCUUUUUGUAAGAAAAAUAAAAGAUGAAAUGAGUGUGUU